GGUCUCCAUUAUGGAUAUAUAAGAGUGUGUUCUCAUCACCAGCUCUACGGAAUGCAACUUCAAUUCGAAGAGCAUAUUCUUAUACAUUUCUCAUAUUCUCGCCUUCUAUCUUUGAGUUAUUCUUUCUUUUUGGAACAAGUUCCGUCUUCUCAAAUCAAGAUCAUCAUAAUUUCAGCUUACCAACAUGUUUCUAUCUAUGAUCACCCUAUUAUUUGUCGUCGCGCCUUUCAAUCUGGUCGCUUCAUCCACAUGUACAACGUCGAACGCAAUCUCUUGGGUCGAAAGUGGUAGUACAACAGGAGGGACCACAGACGGCUCUUCAGGCUCUUCAGGCUCAUCUUCUUCAAACUCUUGUUCCGAGUAUGCAGACGAUCCGACGGCUUUACAAGCAUGCCUUGAAAUCCAAAGCCAAGGUGAAUGCAAUGCUGUUGGAGGAUCUGCUUGCGGCGGCGACGACUACGAUGACUACGAGGACUACGAUGACUACGAGGACUACGAUGACUAUGAGGAUUUGAUCCUUAGGAAGCGCGAUACUCUCUCGUGUGAUAGCGGUGAGACAUGCUACGAAUAUACAGAUGGAUCAUUGUUCUGUUUGAAUGAAGCCACUGGAGACUUUUCAGAUGAUGAAGGAGGUGUUGGUAAUGUCUAUACUGGAGAGUAUACAUGGCCAGAUGGAUCUCAAACAACAGUCGAGGCUGCAGCUCCAACAUCAUCAAGUACUACAAGUUCUGUCAACAGCGCGAUAGACACACAAACAACCUCUCGUACUGCCACAACUACGUCUUCCCCAAGUUCUUCAACAUCAAGGCCUGCCGGGGUCAACGGAAUCGCUACUGGCACCGCUACCCCAACUUCAUCAAAGAGCACCACUGCACCAACUGCAAAUUCGGGUGUUGGGAAAGUCAAGCCUGGCUCUGCCAUGGGAGUCUUGGGUUUAAUCGUAGCAUUGAUUUAAUGGUUCUACUUUUUACUGUACUAAUGGAGUGGCAUGGUUUUAUCUGAAAACCCGUCGUAAUUUCGAGCGCAAGUCAUACAAAAAUUCAAAGAGAGAAAUCAAGAGCAUGAACAGAAACUUAGAAACGCAAUUAGCAGAUUAUUGAAUUCAAAUCUAGAGAUACUGAUUGAUCCCGUGGAACUACUUACUGUUUGAAGUUUCUGAGGUUGAAUGAAGGCUUGCAGGAUGAAGUUUUUUAUUUCCACAUUACUAUUACCAAUUUGUUCUUAUUCCACCCAAUGCCUUCUCUAUUCACAAGUUAUAAUCUACAUUCAUAUGCCCAAGUAUCUACA